GUCUUUUUCCCUUGCCCCUUCCACGACACCCCUCCUCCCAUUCUGGCCUGUUAAUCAUUUUCCGGCCAGCUCCGUUCUGCUCCGCAGCAGUCACUUUGUUCCCUUCUGUUGACCCUCUGCGACUCCACUGCGCUCUCCUUCCACCCGAGCCUCCUACGUCGAGUUCCCUCGGGUACGUUGCAGUCGCCUUCAGAAUCGCGUCUUCACUUACCGACGGUCGAAUCCGCUUGCAGCAGACAAGGGCCUCUCGUCCGCCCCUCCUCCACAUCCCAUUAUCUUUCGCCCAUUCGCGUCGUUUGUGAAUAAGCCCAUUAUUCCGCCAUGUCGUCGGUUCGGUUCACUUCCGCAUUGGCUCGCCGCUCCCUCAACUCCCCUCUUCUGCCCUGCGGUGCCCCUCCCAUUUCCUCCGCUCUUCGCUCUUUCUCUUCUGCUUCUUAUUCUGCUUUCUCUUCUUCUUCUUCUUCUUUUCCCUCACCAUCCAGCGCUCGCGCUCUCGCAUCCACUGCUCGCAUCUCCCGUCCCGCAGCUACUCGUUCUCUAUACCGCGUUCAAACCCGCACCAUGGCGACUGAAGUACAGAAGAUCAAGGUCAAGAACCCCGUCGUGGAGUUGGACGGUGAUGAGAUGACCCGCAUUAUCUGGAAGGAGAUCAGGGAAAAGUUGAUCUUGCCUUUCCUCGAUAUUGACCUCAAGUACUACGACCUGGGUCUUGAGUACCGUGACCAGACCGAUGACAAGGUCACCACCGAGUCCGCUGAGGCCAUCAAGAAGUAUGGUGUCGGUGUCAAGUGCGCCACCAUCACUCCUGAUGAGGCCCGUGUUGAGGAGUUCAAGCUGAAGAAGAUGUGGCUGUCUCCUAACGGUACUAUCCGUAACAUCCUUGGCGGUACUGUCUUCCGUGAGCCCAUUGUCAUUCCUCGCAUUCCUCGCCUCGUCCCCGGAUGGACUAAGCCCAUCAUCAUCGGUCGUCAUGCUUUCGGUGACCAGUACCGUGCUACCGACCGUGUGAUCCCUGGGCCUGGCAAGCUUGAGCUCGUCUACACCCCCGAGGGCGGCCAGCCUGAGGCUAUCAAGGUCUUUGAUUUCCCUGGCGGUGGUGUUACCCAGACUCAGUACAACACCGAUGAGUCGAUUCGCGGCUUCGCCCACGCCAGUUUCAAGCUUGCCUUGACUAAGGGCCUUCCUCUCUACAUGAGCACCAAGAACACUAUUCUGAAGAAGUACGAUGGCCGCUUCAAGGACAUCUUCCAAGAGAUCUUCGAGUCCGACUACAAGAAGGAAUUUGAUGCCAAGGGCAUCUGGUACGAGCACCGUCUCAUUGAUGACAUGGUCGCUCAAAUGAUCAAGAGCGAGGGUGGUUUCAUCAUGGCUUUGAAGAACUACGAUGGUGACGUUCAGUCCGACAUUGUUGCCCAGGGCUUCGGCUCCCUGGGUCUGAUGACCUCCACACUCAUCACCCCUGACGGCCAGGCCUUUGAGUCUGAAGCUGCCCACGGCACCGUCACCCGUCACUACCGCGAGCACCAGAAGGGCCGCGAGACCUCCACCAACCCCAUUGCCUCCAUCUUCGCCUGGACCCGUGGUCUUAUCCAGCGUGGUAAGCUCGACGAAACCCCCGACGUUGUCAAGUUCGCCGAGGAGCUCGAGCGCGCUUGUAUCGAUGUUGUCAACGAGGAGGGUAUCAUGACCAAGGACCUUGCUCUGUCCUGCGGCCGCAAGGAGCGCGACGCGUGGGUUACCACCCGCGAGUACAUGGCUGCCGUCGAGCGCCGACUCAGGGCAAACUUGAAGGCCCGUCUAUAGAUAUAUCAUGAUCUAGCGUUUUGCUUACUUUUAUUGUCGCAUUUCUAAAAUAUCACGAUACCUAUUCAUGACGACUGCGUUGGCUAGAUUCUAGCUAGAGUUAUUGGGUCCAAGAUAGGAACAUUUGACUA